GACUGAGCACCCCUCACACUGCCCAACGGAGGUGACCCAUUUGCAGGUUACCUUCACCGAGGAUGUUCUGCUUAUCUCUUCUGCUCUUGGCUGGAUUUCCACCAUAUUGGGGGUCUGAAGUCAAUCCUGCAAUAUGCCGCUAUCCUUUGGGGAUGUACGAAGGGACCAUCCGUGACGAGGACAUUACUGCGUCCAGCCAGUGGUAUGAUUCAACGGGACCCCAAUAUGCCCGCUUGCUCAGAGAAGAAGGCGAUGGAGCUUGGUGUCCCGCCGGACUCUUGCAACCAGAAGAUGUGCAGUUUCUCCAGAUUGACCUCCACAAACUGUACUUCAUCACCUUGGUGGGAACACAAGGACGCCACGCCCGGGCCACCGGGAAGGAGUUCGCCCGUGCCUAUCGGAUCAAUUACAGUCGUAACGGCGAACGGUGGAUCACUUGGAAAGAUCGUCAGAACAGGCAGGUGAUCCAAGGCAACACAGACACCUACGAAGUUGUGCUGAAGGACCUUCGCCCGCCUAUCAUCGCUCGCUACAUCCGUGUCAUCCCGGUGACAGAGCAGCCGAUGACGGUCUGCAUGAGAGUAGAACUCUACGGUUGUGUCUGGUCUGACGGCCUGGAGUCAUACAGCAUGCCCGAAGGAGAAGCCAUGGUGGCCCCUGGCAAUCCUAUCGUUUAUCUAAAUGAUUCAAUUUAUGACGGUUACCAGGAACGAAAGGUCCUCCAGGGCGGGCUGGGCCAGCUUACAGACGGUGUCCUGGGAUUGGAUGAUUUCACCAAGAGCCACCAAUACCGAGUGUGGCCAGGCUACGAUUACAUCGGCUGGAGGAACGACAGCUUACGGAACGGCGUCUUGGAGAUGGAGUUCCAGUUUGACCACCAGAGGAACUUCACCUCCAUGAAGGUCCACUGCAACAACAUGUUUUCCAAAGGGGUGAAGAUCUUCGAGAGAGUGGAGUGUGUCUUCAAGCCGCAGUCGGCCACUGAGUGGGAUCCACAGCCUGUGGGCCUGGACACCGUUUUGGAUGACAAGAAUCCCAGCGCGCGAUUCGUGACCGUCCCCUUCAACCAUCAUAUUGGCAAAGCCAUUCUUUGCCAUUUCUACUUUGCUGAUACCUGGAUGAUGAUAAGCGAAGUUUCUUUUCAAUCAGUGAACAUGGAUGCUUCUGACCCAAUCCUGGUUACUUCUGCAUGGAGUCCCACCACGGAAUCAUAUCCAUCAUCAGAGAGACCAAACACUACACAGGGGACUUUGGGGAGCAGUGCCCUAGCUUCCAUCAGCCCCAGGGUCGAGCAGAAGGCAGAGGACUCCAACUCUUCUAGUCUGAUCAGCUGUCUUGUGGCCAUCAUUCUUCUCCUUUUGGUGGUGAUCAUCGCCAUCCUGUGGAGACAGUAUGCUCAGAAGCAUCUGGAGACGGCUCCCCGGCGAAUCCUGGAAGAAGAUGCCACGGUCCGUCUCUCCUUCUACAGCUCCAGAAUUGUCAACGGCCAGACCCAGAUCCACCAGAGCAACCCCACCUACGAGAGAGUCUUCCCCUUGGAUCUGGAAUACCACCAGCCUCUCACCCUCCUCCAGAAAUUGCCAGAGUUAUCUCAAAGUGCCGAAGACUCAGCCUGCAGCGGGGAUUAUGCAGAGCCCGACCUCACCAAGUGCACCCCUCACCAGGGAUUCCAGAACAAUGUUCCCCAUUACGCGGAGACGGACAUCGUCAACUUGCAAGGGGUGACCGGGAACAACACCUACGCCGUGCCGGCCAUCACUGUUGACUCGUUGACCAAGAAGGACAUCUCCGUAGCCGAGUUUCCCCGGCACCAGCUGCAGCUCAAGGAGAAGUUGGGAGAAGGGCAAUUUGGGGAGGUCCACCUGUGUGAAGCUGUGGGUCUUCUGGAAUUCUUGGGCCGCGCUUCUCCAGACAGUUCCAGCCAGGCGAUUCUGGUGGCUGUGAAGAUGUUGAGAACGGAUGUCACCAAGACAGCCAGGAACGAUUUCCUAAAAGAGAUCAAAAUCAUGUCCCGGCUGAAUGACCCAAACAUCAUCCGUUUGUAUCAAGGCCGACAGGCUUACUUGUCCCAGCCGCCUCUGUGUUCAAAUCCUGUCUUUUCAUUGAUGAUGAAAUGCUGGAGCCGGGAUAUCAAAGACCGCCCCACCUUUGAAGCAACCCAUCUGUUUCUCAUUGAACAAAUGGACGGAAGUAUCGGAACGAUAUGA